AAUUCAGUACAUUUUGGAUCUCUGUUGUGAAGACAACAGCGAUGAUGAUUGGCGAAAUUGACUUCGAUACCAUAUUUAUUGACGAAGUAGUGCACUAUGAAUACAUCAGUUAUGUGUUCUUCUACAUCUUCAUGAUAUUUAUGACUAUUGACGUCAUCAAUCUGCUAGUCGGUCUGGCUGUGGAAAAUAUACAAGAAUUCCAGAAAGAAGCUGAUCUCGCCAGGAAAGAAAUGCAAGUAAAGUUCGCAUUGGAGUUAGAAAGAAUAUCAACAUCUUCGCUUAUUUUGAAAGGUCUGAAUUUCCUCCGAUGUAGACGGUCUGCCAAACCUGUAUCCCAAACGGAAACUUUACGGCCGAGUAAACAGAACUGGCUGCAGAGGAAAAUUGCCGAAUCAUGGAAAUUAACUGAAAGAGAUAUAACAGUGGCUUUAAAAUCUGAGAAUGAUAGUACUUCAAGAGAAAUAGCUCGAUUGGAUACGAACUUUAACACACUUGAAACAAAUCUGAUAGACAUUGACUCGAAAUUGGAGAAAAUUUUACAGACCCUAAGUGGAAAUAGAGAGGAGGAGAGGAGUUGAUUACAAUUAACCGAGUUACAUUGAAGGCAGAUGUUUAAUAUAAUUAAAAAUCUUAUGAAAUAGUUACUUCUUCUACUAUAAUUUACAGUAAAUAUGUAUUACCAAACUUAACCAUAAUUAUUUGGCAUGAAAAUGUCUGAUAUAUUAAUUUCUCAAUAUGAAAAGAGUCAAAAUGUACUAAAUACAAACCAUCUCAGAAAUCCGAUGAUGAUGUACGUAUGUUUCCUGACACUAUUAUGGAAUAUAUCACAUGGCCUUUGAUUAAAAUUACACUUAAAAGUUAUUUGUAGCAAAUGUAUAUCGUGGACAAUAUUUUUACACUCAUUUCUUGUCUGUAUGAGGAUGUUACUUAGAUGAAGUUGGAAACAGAAAACAGGAUGGUAUACAGUAUUUCAAUAGUAGUAUGACGCCAACAUGUCUGUAUUCUCGAGGUUUAAAAGUUAAUCGCUAUAUAAGUUCUAAAUAUAUUCAUUGAUUUAAGAGUUCAAUGCACUAAAUAGCGCUUAUGUGCCAAGGCGGAUGUUUAAUAUAGUUUUCAAGAGGUUGAUAUAUGACUUGUUGUGUGUUCUUACCAUACUAGGUCACUUAGUGUUGCCAUAAGGGCUUUAUGGUGAUUUAUUGCUGUAUAUAUCGAGGUAUAGAAUAGGGUCAGUUUCAGGAGAUUUCUUUACUUUUAUAACUAUUCAAGACGCGGCGAUGAGACAAUUUACAGAACACAUAACCCAGAUUUGUAGGUCAAAGGUCAAGGUCACAUAUUGAGCUCAAAUGUCAAAUUCAUUCCUCAUAUUUCCUGUCCAGAUUAUAACUAUAUUACUAUUCAAGUAACCGACUUUUAACUUGGGAUAUAUGUAGUUGGCUAUGAAUUACGUAAAGAUUGCAGGAACCAGAAUUUUAGGAAAAAGAUUACGGUCACAAGUUGGGCUCAGAUGUCAAGUUUGUUUGUCAUAGUUCAUGUCCAAAGUAUAACUUAAUGACCAUUCAAGGUAUUGACUUCAUUCUUGGCAUAUGUAGCUGGUGAUUUGAACAAAGCUGUAGGUAAAAGGUCAAGGUCACAGCAAGGUUAAAUCUGUCCGCGAAGGUAAUGCCUUCAAACUUGGCUUAUAGAUAAUGGUUAUGAGAUUAUAUGUAGAGCGAAUGAAUUUGGUCGGAAGGUCAAAGUUUAAGUUCUUAGAUUAAGUUCAAACGUGAAAUUUUUCCUUUGUAUUGAUUUAAAAUUUGGACUAUAGAUGGGUGAUGAUGAGAGAAUUUAAGGAGUACAAAUGUUCUACAUUACUCCCGCGCACAAAUUAACCCCGCUCACCCUGCCCCCAACCAACGCCACAUUACGUCCCCUUCUUCUC